AGAGACCAUUUGCGCAGGUCUACUCAAUCGGGGGUGGGUGCAGAGAGUGACAUGUAUUGUAAAUAAAUGUGACAACGCCGUGGCAUCUUCUCUGUUGUUGGGUCUCUGUCAUUAGAAUCAACAAACCUCCCACUCAUUUACGAAUCACGAGAGUUCGAAGUUUAACUAGGUGGGCAAGGUAAUCGCGCGGCAGAUCGAGAAGCCAAUGCUGCUGCUCCAGAUUCAUUUAAAAAAGUUUUUUUGUGUGUGUGUGAGUUGUUGAGAACGCUUUCUUUAUGAUAUCAUCAUCAUCGUCUCUGCAGCGGGAUACAGCAGACCAUAAGCCAGGACGCUUGUUAGCCAGCUAGCAAGCUAACUACUAAAGGGGAAGUGGCGAAGUCUAGGGGCAGGAGGGAGGUGUUUCCUUGAUUCGCGGUAGGCAGUAUUUUGGAGUUUGCUAGCUCCCAGCUUACUAGCGUAGCCUUGUAACACACCCCCUGUCGCACAGUGUCGUUUACCUGCAGAUGGCAAGCAAGUAGUUGCGAGUAUCUAUCGGCUUAGUUGUGGAUUUUUAAGAGCCGUAGAGCAUGCCUUUUUAAUGCGUUUGUCGCACCCUCAGCAGCAGGCUAGCUAGCCAGCUAGGUCGUUGUGUGGAACGCCUGCAUGUAUGCUUGCUAGCCAUAACUGCAAUAUAACAGUACGCUAGCUUGCUAGGUUACAAUCGACAGCGUGGUGGACAUUAUCUAGCUUAUCGUAUAGCAGAUAGCUUCCUAGCUAGCUGGAUUUGUUUGAUCAAACCUGUCCAUAUUGUUAUCAUCUUGUAGAAUAUAUCGUUAGUUGGUAACUACCUACGUUUUUUGGAAUCUCUGCCAUGACAUUCAAGUGAUUGAAGUCAACGGCACCACAAUAAGUCGGUUGCAGAGAGAAUGCAGGACAAAGACUGGAGAUGAGAGGGUAGCUGAGCAAGUUUCAACAUUUCUCUGCGUCUCGGUACUGUCAGUAGCAGCCUUAAAAGAACAAGGUCGGAGAAGUGGACACUCCUAUCAGAAUCAAGAAUGAAGAAGUUUUCUCGAAUGCCAAAGUCGGAGAGCGGCGGACUGGGAGGUGGCUCUGGGUCCGGAGGGGGCACGGGAGUAACAAACUACAUCGGGAAGGUGUUUGCUGUCGGCCGAUACCAGGUUACAGUGGAUGAGCUAAUUGCAGAAGGCGGGUUCUCUGUAGUCUUUUUGGCGCGCACACACAGUGGCGUCCGCUGCGCCCUGAAGAGGAUGUAUGUCAACAACGUGCCCGACCUCAACAUCUUCAAGCGUGAGAUCACAAUCAUGAAAGAGCUGUCUGGACACAAGAACAUUGUGAGCUAUCUGGACUCUGCCAUCAACGCAGUGGGAGACAGUGUCUGGGAAGUACUCAUCCUGAUGGAGUUCUGCAAAGCGGGUCAGGUGGUGAAGCAGAUGAAUGAACGUCUGCACGUGGGCUUCACCGAGGCCGAGGUGCUGCACGUCUUCUGCGAUACCUGUGAGGCCGUCGCCCGCCUCCACCAAUGCAAGACGCCCGUCAUCCACCGCGACCUCAAGGUGGAGAACAUCCUGCUGAAUGACCAUGGCAACUACGUGCUGUGUGACUUUGGCAGUGCCACGCACAAAGUGCUCCUGCCGCAGAAGGAUGGGGUGACGGCAGUGGAGGAUGAGAUCAAGAGGUACACAACGCUGUCAUAUCGAGCCCCAGAGAUGGUUAACCUGUAUGCUGGGAAACCUAUCACCACUAAGGCUGAUAUAUGGGCGCUCGGGUGCUUGUUGUACAAGCUGUGUUUCUUCACGCUUCCAUUCGGGGAGAGUCAAGUUGCCAUAUGUGACGGAACCUUCUCUGUUCCAGAUAGUUCCAAAUACUCCUUAAAAUUGCACUGUUUGAUGAGAUAUAUGCUCGAGCCCGACCAGGAGAAGAGGCCAGACAUCUACCAGACCUCCUACUUUGCCUUCAAGCUGGCAGGGAAGGACUGUCCUGUGCCAAAUCUCUUUAGCUCCCCCAUUCCCAGCUCUCUCCCUGACCCCCUGACUGCCAGUGAGAUCGCAGCCAAGAAGAACAUGACAAAAGCCAGGAUAACGGACGCGGUGGGUCCCACAGAGACGUCCAUCGCCCCAAGGCAGCGGCCCAAGGCGACCUCCAGUGGCGUGCUGCCCCUGCACACCUCCUCCGCCACCCCUGUCAAGAUGGGCGUCCCUGCCGCCCCCAUCAGCAACGGCCAGAAAGCUGCAGGUAACGGGCAGCCCCCAGUGGCCCUCGCGGGCACCACCGCUCAACCCAACCGCGUCCUGCAGCAGCUCCAACCCGGAGACCUGCGUCUGCAGCAGCAGCUGCACCCACAUCCACACGCGCAGCAGCACCUGCCCCAGCACCCGCAGCACCUGCCCCAGCACCCGCAGCACCUGCCCCAGCACCCGCAGCAUCUGCCCCAGCACCCGCAGCACCUGCCCCAGAACACGCAGCAUCUCCCCCAACACACAGCGCACGUCCAGCAGCACCAUCAACACACACCGCCUCUCCAGCAGCAGCCACAGCAGCACAGCAUCCACCCACAGCAGCAGCAGUCGCCCACACCUCAACAGCUCCAAUACCUCCAGUACCAACAGGCCUUGCAGCAGCACAUGCUUCAGCAGCAGAUGAUGAUGCAGCCAGUGUAUCAGCAGGCUCACUACGCAGCCCUGAUGCAGCAGUAUCAGCAAGCCUUUGCCCAGCAGCAGCACCAACAACAGCAACAGCAUCAUCCUCAGCAGCAGCAUCAUCCUCAGCAGCAGCUCCCCUAUCCCACCACCUCUCCGCUGGAGUUCCAGACUCCACUGGGCUCCUAUCAUGCCGCUACGCCCGCCUCCACCCACACCGCUCUCUCACCUGUGGAGCCUCCAUACACUAACCCCAGUAGAAACCCAGUGGCCCAGAGUCCAGAUGUGCUGUUGUCGCCCACCACUCCGACUGUGAGCCACCCACCCGACAUUGCCGGCUGGAACCCUUUCGGAGACGACAACUUUUCCAAGCUCACGGAGGAGGAGCUGCUGGACCGCGAGUUUGACCUGCUGAGAGCAAAGAAGCCAGUGGAGAGAACCACUAGUGUAGAGACCAGCUUGGACCGGCAGCAGCAUCAGCCGCAGCAUCAGCAGCCUCCCACCCCGUCCCAGCCCCUCCCUGAGGACCCCUUCGGCUCUGUGCCCUUCCUGGCUAGCGCAGGUCCCAGUGGUGUGUGCAGCCCCGAUCAGCCUAGUGUGGAGCCCAGUACACCAGUAGCAGCUGUGACCCCAGUCCUUGCCCCGUUUGAAGAUCCUAUCAUCAUCGCCACCGCCACCCAGCCUCCACCUUCCUUGUCGCCCUCCUCGUCUUCCUCAGCCAAGGAACCCCGGGCAGGCAGACGUCAGGCCACGUCGGGCCCCGCACCCCAUCGCUGCCCCGACGAGUCCGAUAGCGACUUCGAGUCAGACCCACCAUCACCCAAGAGCAGCGAGGAUGAGGAGGAGGCGGAGGAGGACGAAGGCCUCAACAGCGAGCCGGAGGAGGCCGAGCCCGAUGAGGUCGAACCGGAGGUGCUAGGACAGCGGCCUCUCCUAAUGGACUCAGAUGACGAAGAGGAGGGGGAGGAAGAGGAUGACUCUGACGGAGAGCAGAGGAAGGCCAAACCUGGAGCAGCAGGAGGUGGAGGUAGGCUGCCGAGAGACCAAGCCAUCACCAAGGUGACAGGCGAGGCAGCAUCAGCAUCAGCAGUGAGUGGGGGUGCUGUUAUCGAAAGAGGGGUGCUGGGAGUGGAUGUAUUUGGGUUCGUCCCGUUUGUGAGCUCAGCACCUGAGACCACCGCAGAUGUGUUCAGCCGAGCCCCCUUUCCCCCGGCAGGGCAGGAGCCCGACGUCUUCAGCCAAGCGCCCUUCUCCCGGAACCUCUCCCGGCCCCCUCCCCAAACCCCUCCCGUCUCCCCUAGUAACAGCCACCCGGGGCAAGUAGGGCAGUCGAGCCAGCCGGUGACGCUGCCAAUCGACCCCUUUGGUUUCUCCCCCUUCCAGCCCUCUAGCCAGCCUGCGAGCACCAGUGGCGAGCAGCAGCAGCAGCAGCAGCAGCAGGAGGAGGAGCUGCUGGUGCUGCAGGAGCUUCAGGAGCAGCAUGCCGACCAGCAAGGCAGCGCCGGCGAGCUAGACGCUGAGGAGCAGCUGGAGCAGCAACAGAAGCAGCAGCAGCGCAGCCUGCAGAAGCUGUCGUCGCGGCAACGCCGCAGCAAACAGGAGGCAGCGGCCGGUGCCGGCGAUGGAGCUCCCGGGGGCAAUGGCAGCAAGCGGCACCACGGCACGCCCACCGGCGGCCGCAAGGGCGGCAAGCCCAGCUUCCGCACGCCGGAGCGCACGCGCCGACUGAGGCGGGUCGGCCGCCGCGACUCGCAGAGCAGCAACGAGUUCCUGAGCGCCUCCGACUCCAAGGAGAACAUCAGUGUCGCCGCCGCAGGGCCCGGGGAUGGGGCCAAGGACAAGGGGCCACCCUCAGAGGACCACGCACUGGCCCCCCCGCUGGACCCCUUUGGGGCCAAGCCCUUCCACCCGCCGGGGCACGGGGGCGACGGGGGCACAGCCAAUGGGAGGCAGCGGGCGGGGUCGCUGCACGGGGGGGCCCUGGGGGGUAGCGGAAACAUCAUGGACGAUUUUGGGGCGGUGCCUUUCACCGAGCUGGUCAUCUGCAGCGGACCCCCACAGCAGCAGCAGCAGCAGCAGCCACCGCAGGUGGACCUAGACCCCUUUGGGGCUGCACCCUUUAUCUCCAAGCAGUGAUGUUAAACCCCCACCCCCACUUUGAAACCCUGCAAAGUUCCACUUCUGUACCCCCUCGUCUUCAAUGGAAGACAUGUAUGUGCACUUACACUGAUGAUUCUCUCUUCAAGAACUCCUGCCCCCAAUUACACCGGAUCACAAACAAACACACACACACACACACACACACACACACACACAUUCCCCCACACACCUGUGCUAAGAGUGUUGUGCAAUCGUCUGCGGAGCCUCGACGCUUCCCUUGCCUCCAUUGAAACAGGCUCCGGCAGGUGUGAUGCAGACCAAUGGGAAUUAUCCUUGCUCCUUUUGAGUUAGAGCAAGAGACGUUUGAUGCUUUUGAAACUAAACACUUCUAAUGCCUAACUGUCCUGGAUUUCAACUCUUAAACCCUGUGAUGAAGAGACGACAAUGACGAUGAUAAUGAUGAUGAUAAUGAUGAUGAUAAU